UUUCCAUUAUGGAUACUCCCCUGGAAUAUUAUAAUGACCUUCAUAACAUUAUUUUCCCAAAUGACAGCAUCGAAAAUGGUCAUACCUUUGAUUAUGAAAGCAAAAAGAGUUUAGUUGAUAAUUUCGAAAUUCUUUAUCUCCUGAUAUUGAUCAUCAACUGCCUUUUGGGAGCCGUGGGGAACGGAGUUGUCAUCUGGCUUCUUGGCUUCCGCAUUAAGAGGAAUCCUUUUAUCACCUACAUCCUGAACUUGGCCGUUGCUGAUCUAGGGGUCCUUGUAUCAGCUACAUUUCAUGCUGUUAGUUUCUUGUUUGUAUUUCAUGACGGUUUUCACAUUACUUACACAUUGUCCCUGUUCCUGUUCUUAUUAAUGUACAGCGCUAGUCAAUUUCUACUGACUGCUAUCAGCAUUGACAGGUGUGUGGCCGUCUUCUUCCCGCUUUGGCAUAAAUGCCACCAGCCAACAUGUCUGUCCAGUGUUGUUUGUGCACUCAUAUGGGUCCUCUCCUGCCUACUUACUGCAAUUACCUACACUUCCAUGUUCACUGGAGAUGGGAUUCAAUUUUGCCAAUUUAUUGUGAACGGGCUGCUUUGCCUUCCAAUCAUGACUGUUACCACUGUGGCCCUGUUCAUGAAACUCCGUUUGAAAGCACGACAGCAUCAGAGGAGGAAGCUUUUGACCGUCGUCUCCCUCACCCUGGUCUUCUUCCUUUUCUUUUCCUUUCCAUUGAAUAUCAUUUUCAUUUUCAACAUUUUCUUUUUAAAUUAUAUGUCAAAAUACCUAACAUACACUGCAAUGCUAUUAGCCUGUCUAAAUAGCAGUGUAAACCCAGCUAUUUACACCCUGGUUGGGAGACAAAGGAAGUCCAGACGUAAGGAGAGCAUGAAGAUGAUCCUCCAGAAUGUUUUCAAGGAAGAAGAAGGCUGUACCGAGAGGAACCCCAGUUGA